AUGCCGAAAGCACCCUCCACCCGCCGAAACCGCACCACUCGCCCACCCCCCCGCAAACCAACCUCCUCCAGUAAACCCCCUCCUCGCCCCAGAAAGAAGCGCACAAUCUACAACCCGAACAGACACUCCCUCGCCUCCCUCCCCUACCACAUCCUAACCACAAUCCUCCGCUACGCUGCUUCAACACCCGACUCUCCAUUCCCAAACACAGCGCUCCUACUUAAAACCCUAACCCUCUGCCGCACACUCUACGAACCGACACUCGCAGUUCUGUACCAUACCCCUCCGACGAAUACACUUCCCUAUGCCCAUCGCUUAUUGCAUGCACUACGGGAGCAGGCGCACGUUCGGCCUCUUGUUAAAGCUCUCAUAGUUAACACCGAACCACUGUUGCUAACUCGUGCAGCGCCAUGGGGAGCUUGGGAUAUCUGCGAGUUCCUAAGUCUCGCAAGCGGGGUGCGCAAGGUGGAUAUUCGCCCCACGAGGGUAUCUGGUGCGAGGGGUUUCAGGAUGGAGAGGAAUUGGCAGUACCCGAGUGAGCUAUGGAAAGCCUUUGAUGAGGCCGGAGUGCUAUUGCAUGAGUGGACGUGGCGCGGGGAAUUCAUGGAACAGAUUGAUCUCGAUGAAUUCAAGAGGGUGCAUUCCCUCCGGCCCUUCUUGGGGCUGCGGAGUGUGGGACUGGUCGGGAUUGAGAGCAACGAUGAAGGUGCAACGGUGGGGGAUCUGUCGAGGGAGAAAGGCUGUGCAGAGGUAUUGGCACAACUAGGGGCGUUGAAGGUGGUGGUGUUUGAAGAUUGUUCCGUCGUCAAUGAACACCUCUUCUCAGAGUUUACCACCAGAGCGCCAGGGGCCAGAUUGAUGAAGCUAUCAUUCAUGGGUUGCCCCCGCCUCACCUCAUCGGAAGACAACCUCCCCUCCCUCCUCCAAUCCUCCCUAUGCAGCACAACUCUCACAUCCCUAACCAUCACCAACUCCCCAUCCUGCAACCUCUCCUUCACCCUCUCCCUCCCUCCUUCCCUCCAAACUCUCUCCUACACCGCCUCACUAACGCCCCCCCCCUCAAUCCUCCCUACCCCACCCACCCCUGCCCAGUGGCCACAGAACUUAGCUUCCCUCACCCUAAACCGCAUAAAAUUCACCUCCCAGACACCCUGCUCCGCCCUCCUCUCCUCCCUCAUAUCCGCUGCCCCGCGAUUAUCUGCUAUGCACGACAUAACCAUUUGGUGCAUCCUGGACAUCGACUGGCGGGCCCGCGGCGCCUUUCGUGAGAUCUGGGAGCCCAGGGUUAAGUCUGCCUUUCAAAGGUGCUGGACCGGAGGUGGCGGUGGCGAGGUGAGGUUCGACAACUUGAGGCCGGCCGAGCGAAUAUUUUCCGAGAGGGACUUUUUGGACUUUGGGAAUGAGACGGGCGGUGGUGGAGGCGGUGGUAGGAGGAGGGCCAGAGUUGGUGGUGGUGGUAGUGGUAGGCGAGGAGGGAGGAGAGGUGGCGCAGUGGGGAUACUGGGCGUUAGGAGAGCGACCGAAAGUGAUGAUGAGGAUUAUAGGGACUAGUAGUCAAGCUGGGUUGCUCAUGGGAUGUCACUCGGGGGUUGGUUUGAUCAUUUUCCUAUGCCAUAGAGGGAUGGGAACGCUGGGUCCGAUUGGGAGAAGGAAAAUCCUUUGUAUUAUAUCCAGAUAUCUUGCUUUAGCUAGAUUAAUAAUUCAUGGAACAACGAUUUGUUGAAAACUUGCGGCACUUGUCCGUGCCCUAUCGAGACCAAAAUCCCACAUGGCGGUUAGCAUCAUCA